ACCUCCACUGGCUCGAGUAUCCACCACACGCAGGAGCUGCUGAAGGAGCACGAGGACUUCCACAUCACAGCCAAGCAAACGAAGGAGCGCGUGAAGCUGCUGAUCCAGCUGGCUGACGGCUUCUGCGAGAAAGGCCACAGUCACGCCGGGGAGAUCAAGAAAUGGGUGACGGCCGUGGACAAACGCUACCGAGACUUCUCCCUGCGCAUGGACAAGUACCGCUGCAGCCUGGAGAAAGCCCUCGGCAUCUCCUCAGACUCUAACAAGGCGAGUAAGGAUCUCCAGCUGGACAUCAUCCCAGCCACGGCUCCAGGGUCAGAGGUCAAGCUGCGGGAUGCUGCUCAUGAGCUGAAUGAGGAGAAACGCAAGUCGGCUCGCAGAAAGGAGUUCAUCAUGGCAGAGCUGAUUCAGACAGAAAAAGCCUACGUGCGAGACCUGCGGGAGUGCAUGGAUACCUACCUGUGGGAGAUGACCAGUGGAGUCGAGGAGAUUCCUCCAGGAAUCAUCAACAAGGAGCACAUCAUCUUUGGAAACAUGCAGGACCUCUAUGAGUUCCACCAUAACAUCUUUCUCAAAGAGUUGGAGAAAUAUGAGCAGCUUCCAGAGGAUGUUGGGCAUUGCUUCGUCACAUGGGCUGAUAAGUUCCAGAUGUAUGUGAAUUACUGUAAGAACAAACCCGACUCCACCCAGCUCAUCCUGGAGCAUGCUGGGAACUACUUUGAUGAAAUUCAACAGAGGCACCGACUGGCCAACUCCAUCUCCUCCUAUCUGAUCAAGCCUGUGCAGAGAAUCACCAAGUAUCAGCUCCUGCUGAAGGAGCUGCUGACUUGCUGCGAAGAAGGAAAAGGAGAGAUCAAGGACGGCCUGGAGGUGAUGCUCAGUGUUCCUAAGAAAGCCAACGAUGCCAUGCACCUCUCGAUGCUGGAAGGUUUUGAUGAAAACAUCGAAUCCCAGGGCGAGCUCAUUCUCCAGGAGUCGUUCCAGGUCUGGGAUCCAAAGACUCUGAUACGGAAGGGUCGGGAGCGCCACCUCUUCCUGUUCGAGAUGUCGCUUGUCUUCAGCAAGGAGGUCAAGGACUCAAACGGCAGAAGCAAAUACAUCUACAAGAGCAAACUCUUUACGUCAGAGUUGGGGGUGACAGAGCAUGUUGAAGGAGACCCCUGCAAGUUUGCUCUGUGGGUGGGACGCACCCCGACGUCUGACAACAAGAUUGUGCUCAAGCUAAGUCAGGGAUCCAAACACGGAGCCAUGGCGUCGAGCAUCGAGAACAAGCAGGACUGGAUCAAACACAUCAGGGAGGUGAUCCAGGAGCGCACCAUUCACCUGAGAGGAGCGCUCAAGGAGCCCAUUCAUAUUCCCAAAGCAACCACAGCCAAGCACCACAAGGGGAGGGGAAGGGAUGGAGAGGACCUGGACAGUCAGGGUGAAGGCAGCAGCCAACCAGACACCAUCUCUCUGGCAUCCCGCACUUCACAGAACACACUGGACAGCGACAAGCUCUCUGGUGGCUGUGAGCUGACCGUGGUGAUACACGACUUCAUGGCCAGCAACAGCAACGAGUUGACAGUGCGGCGCGGUCAGACGGUGGAGGUCCUGGAGCGCUGCCACGACAAGCCAGACUGGUGCCUGGUCAGGACCACGGACCGCUCCCCUGCCCUGGAGGGCCUGGUGCCCUGCUCCAUGCUCUGCAUCGCCCACUCCAGGUCCUCCAUGGAGAUGGAGGGCAUCUUCAACCACAAAGACACUCUGUCAGUGUGCAGCAAUGACUCCAUCAUGCCAGGGUCGUCUGCUACGCUCCAGCCUGGUCACGGCAUCGGCUCCCACACCUCACCAGGGCCUAAACGACCAGGUAACACACUGCGGAAGUGGCUCACCAGCCCGGUGCGUCGGUUAAGCAGCGGCAAGGCAGACGGCCACGUGAAGAAGCUGGCCCACAAGCACAAGAAGAGCCGCGACGUGCGGAAGAGCGGGGAGAUGACGAUGGGGUCCCAGAAAGACUCGGACGACAGCGCAGCCACACCUCAGGAUGAGACUGUGGAGGAGAGGGUUCGUAACGAGGGCCUGUCGAGCGGCACGUUGUCCAAGUCCAGUUCCUCGGGUAUGCAGAGCUGCGGAGAGGAGGAGGGCGAGGAGGGCGCUGACUCAGUGCCUCUGCCUCCACCUAUGGCCAUCCAGCAGCACAGCCUGCUGCAGCCAGACUCACAGGAUGACAAGACCUCCUCUCGUCUGUCGGUCCGUCCGUCCAGUUCAGAGACGCCCAGUGCCGCUGAGUUGGUGAGCGCCAUUGAGGAGCUGGUCAAAAGCAAGAUGGCGUUGGAGGACAGACCCAGCUCACUGUCAGUCGAACAGGGAGACAGCAGCUCUCCUUCCUUCAACCCCUCUGACAACUCCCUCCUCUCCUCCUCCUCCCCCAUCGAAGAGAUGGACGAACGCCGGACCAGCAUCCUCAAGAAAAGACAUUACAUCCUGCUGGAGCUGGUGGAGACGGAGAGAGAUUACGUCAGAGACCUGGGGCUGGUGGUGGAGGGUUACAUGAGCCGGAUGAAGGAGGAGGGUGUCCCUGAUGAUAUGAAGGGAAAAGACAAAAUCGUGUUUGGCAACAUUCACCAGAUCUACGACUGGCACAAAGAUUUCUAUCUCGGGGAGCUGGAGAAAUGUUUGGAGGACCCUGACAGACUGGGACCACUCUUUCUCAAACAGGAACGGAGACUAAACAUGUACGUAGUGUACUGUCAAAACAAGCCCAAGUCGGAGCACAUCGUCUCAGAGUACAUCGACACGUACUUCGAGGACAUGAAGCAGCGGCUGGGACACAGGCUGCAGAUCACAGACCUGCUCAUCAAGCCAGUCCAGAGGAUCAUGAAGUACCAGCUGCUGCUCAAGGAUUUCCUGAAGCACUCUAAAAAGGCUGGGCUGGAGUCGACGGAGUUGGAGAAAGCAGUGGAGGUCAUGUGCAUCGUGCCGAAAAGGUGCAACGAUAUGAUGAAUGUCGGCCGGCUUCAGGGAUUUGACGGGAAGAUCGUGGCUCAGGGCCGCCUUCUGCUGCAGGACACGUUUAUGGUGUCCGACCCAGAGGGCGGCGUGCUCGGCCGGAUGAAGGAGAGGAGAGUCUUCCUCUUUGAGCAGUUGGUCAUCUUCAGUGAGCCGCUCGACAAGAAGAAGGGUUUCUCCCUGCCAGGCUUCCUCUACAAGAACAGCAUCAAGGUGAGCUGUUUGGGUAUAGAGGACAGUAUGGAAGGUGAUCCCUGUAAGUUCAUCCUCACGUCUCGGUCGACCAACGGUGCCGUGGAGUCCUUUGUGCUUCACUCCUCCCACCCGGGGGUGCGUGAGGUCUGGACCCUUCAGAUCAGCCAGAUACUCGAGAGCCAACGCAACUUCCUCAAUGCUCUGACGUCACCAAUUGAGUAUCAGAGGAACCACGUGGGGGCGAGUGGAGGGCCGUGUGUGCCCAGCCUAGGAGCUCCGGGUGGAGGCAGCGUUGGGUCCAGUGCAACCCCCGGAGUCGGAGGUGGAAGCUCCCAGAGUAGCGCCAUCCCUUUAGGGCCUCAGGGUGGCUCGCGUCGGCCCUCCAGGAUCCCCCAGCCAUCCCGCCUGCCCCAGCCCCUCCGUCACCACCCCGGGGCCGACCUUGACGGCCCAAACAAGAUGUCAGGUUCGUCCCCUUGUCCUGUCCCCCCUCCCCUACUCCCUCCAGGGGGUAGCCCGCAGGGCAAGCGCCCCAUCCAGACCCCAGAGGACCAAGCACAGACCCCCACUCCUGCCAGCGCUGUAGCCCCUAUCCCCCGCGCCACGGUCGGGCCCCUGCCCUCUACGCCCACUUCCAAACCACGGCCAGGAGCCGUGUCCCCCAUGGCGCCCCCCCUGGCCACUCCUGCCUUCGGCAAGGACGGCCUCCCUCCUCCCCCUCCCAGCCCGGGCCAGAAGUCCGGAUCUGGAUUCUGGAGCUCCAUGCCGGGCUCUCCAGCCAGCCGGCCUGGCUCGUUCACCUUUCCAGGGGAGGCAGGAGAGACUCCGGUCCGUCAGAACUCAAACCAGAUCCAGACCGGCUCUGGAUCUGGGAGCCAAACCCACAGACACUCCACGCACAGCAAGGAAGCCGACCGCAUGAGUACAUGCUCAUCGGCCAGCGAGCAGUCCAUCCAGUCCACCCAGAGUAACGGGAGUGAAAGUAGCAGCAGCAGUAGCGUAUCCACCAUGUUGGUGACCCAGGACUACAUGGCCUUGAAGGAGGAUGAGAUCAGCGUCAGUCAGGGCGAGGUGGUCCAGAUCUUGGCCAGCAACCAGCAGAACAUGUUUCUGGUGUUCAGGGCGGCUACGGAGCAGGGCCCCGCCGCUGAGGGCUGGAUCCCCGGAUUUGUACUGGGACACACCUCGGCCAUCGUCCCCGAUUGUCCCGAGGGAUCCAUAAAUAGGAAGUCCUCAUCGUGGCACACGUCCCUGCGCAUCCGUAAAAAGUCUGAGAAGAAGGAGAAGGAGGCGAAAAAAGACACCAAGCUGGAAAACGGUUACAGGAAGUCCAGAGAAGGUCUGGCCAAUAAGGUUUCUGUAAAGCUUCUAAAUCCAAACUACAUCUACGAUGUUCCCCCAGAGUUCCUUGUGCCUCUGAGUGAUGUGACGUGUGACAACGGAGAGAGCGUCACCCUCAGGUGUAAGGUCUGUGGUCGCCCCCGGGCCGCUGUCACCUGGAAGGGACCCAACCAGAGCAACCUCACCAACAAUGGACACUUCAGCAUCGCCUACAGUGAUACAGGUGAGGCGACGCUGCGGAUCAUCGGCGUAGCCUCUGAGGAUGAUGGUGUUUACACGUGUGUUGCCACAAACGAGCUGGGCAGCGUGACGUCAUCAGCGAGCCUCAGAGUGUUAGCAGUGUCCACUGACGGGAUCAGAGUGAGCUGGAAGGACAACUUUGAGUCUCACUACACUGAGGUGGUUGAACUGGGCAGGGGUCGUUUCUCUGUGGUCAAGCGUUGUGACCAGCGCGGCACCAAACGUACGGUGGCGGUCAAACAGGUGAACAAGAAGCUGAUGAGGAGGGACCGGGUGACUCAGGAACUCAACCUGCUCCAGAGGCUCCAACACCCCCACAUAGUCAGCCUGAUCGACACGUAUGAGACCCCCAGCAGCUACGCCCUCGUCCUGGAGAUGGCCGACCAAGGCCGUCUGCUGGACUACAUCGUCAGCUGGGGGAAUCUGACGGAGGAGAAGGUGGCGUGCUACCUGAGGGACAUUUUAGAAGCUUUACACUACCUGCACAACUGCAGGAUCGUGCACUUGGACGUAAAACCUGAGAACCUGCUGGUGGCGCACACCUCCAGCGGCCAGCCAACGGUCAAACUCACAGACUUCGGUGAUGCCGUCCAGCUCAACAGCGCCCACUACGUGCACCCUCUGCUGGGCAGCCCUGAGUUCGCCUCUCCAGAGUUGGUCCUCGGAGAGCCGGUGUCGCUGACCUCUGACCUGUGGAGCCUGGGCGUGGUGACCUACGUGCUGCUGAGCGGCGCCUCCCCCUUCCUCGACGAGAGCGCCGAGGAGACCUGCCUGAACAUCUGCCGGCUGGACUUCAGCUUCCCCAGGGAUUACUUCCACGGCGUCAGCCAGGCGGCCCGGGACUUCAUCUGCCUGCUCCUGAGGACCGACCCGGGCAGGAGGCCUCCAGCCGGGCUCUGCCUCCAGGAGCCGUGGCUACAGGCCGGUCCGGCUGACGGCCGCGCCCGAGCAGAGGGCUGCCUGGACACCUCCCGCCUCAUCUCCUUCAUAGACAGGAGGAAACAUCAGACUGACGCCCGGGCCAUCGGAGGAGUCAGGAGCUUCAUCCAAAGUCGCCUUCAGCCCCGAGUGUAAAGGAACGAGUCCUCGCCAACCUCCCGAUCCCCUGCCGUACUGUAGGGUCUGCAGGUUCCUCUGGACCUGAGCGUCCUGAUGUAACAGGAAGGAGAAAUAACGCUGAUCUUGUCCUCUUUCACAGAAUGUUGAUUUAAGUCCUGUAGUCCUUUCACCAAUCAGAGGUCUGAGCCAAUCAGAGCCCGAGAGAACCGAGUUCUCACCAAUCACGUAAAUUAACGGAUGCCCUCGUCUACUGCUGCUUGCUGGUUUCAACUCAAAACAGAUUUUGUAGUUAAGUGAACAAAAAUCUAAAAAAAGAAAAAAAAAAGUAAAAACAUUAUGAAGUAAUUUAUUUUCCUUGGAGAGUUAAAACUGAUCAGAAGAGCCGAUUGAUCGAGCCUCGACACCACUGCACAGACGCAGAGCUUUCAGGAGAAAGUGCUGCCAACGAAUCGAGCGACGGCGCCGAGAGCAAACUGCCCAGACGUUUGUGUGUUUUUGCUCUUUUACACUAAAACUGUGACUCAAAGACUUUUGAGCAGCAGCCCUUUCUUAUAGAAACAAUGUACACAGAGGAAAAAGUACUGUCUCUAUGUUUCCAAGAAAAAAAUAAGAAUUGUAGAAAAACGCUCAUCAGUUAAAAGCUGCUGUGCUUCUCUGGACUCUGUCGACACCCGGAGACUUUCUGAGACAUUUAUACGUCCGAUCAGAGCUUUUUGAUGGCUGCGCUUAUAUAACGUACCUAAUCUAAGAUACCAUGAUGACCAUGUCGCGAAUAACAAUGCUGCACUGUCCGAUCUGAGAAGAAACAAUAGACAUCCAUCAUUUGCUUUUCCUAGAACAAAACUUGUGUUGCGCAGAUAUGAGAUGUUUAAGCCUUACCUUGUAUAUAGACUUCUGCCUUCUUUCCCCUCACAUUCACAGCGGACUCCUGCUUCUGGACGGCAGGACGCCGCCGAACUGUCGGAGCCUCUGCGGCAGCGCUGACGGGAGUGAAUGUGGAGGCAGAGGAAGACAAAUUACUGUAAAUGCACUCAUUGUAUGUUAUGUUUGAUUAUCAUGUGCAAUGUUGCGGCUUUAACAUUUUAUGCAACUAUUUAUGAAGACAUCUGUUGUAUCUGUAAUAAAUCUAGAGAAAAGCAUGUACUUGGUACUGCAAGCACUGCUGGUAGUUUGUGUUUAUUUGAUCUCUGAGUGGUAGGACGUCGGCGCCACGGUGAGAGGUCACACUCUACAAUCAUUACCGUUUGAUCAAAAAUUAUUUAACACUUUUUGUACUGUAUGCCUCUGUAGUAUUGGUACACCAAAGUUGCUCUAGCUUUAUAGUACUUAAUAAAAGAAAUGUUUUAUUGUGACUAUGUUUCACUUGAGUUAGGUAACCUACAACCUUGUGGAAUGAUUGUUUACACGAGUUAAACACUACGAUGAGUUCGUUACGUCUCUCGUGCCCUUUCUUAAAGAGAUGGGAUUAAAGACAAAUGUGUUCUUCACAGAGGACGGAGCGCUGACGGGAGAUUUUGUACAUCGUUUACUAAAUGGUGAUCUAACUUUGUGUACAGAUACUUGUUGCCAAAAUAUUUCUUCCGUAAACUCCCGUUAAGUUUUAAAAAACAACCCUAAAGCAGCGACUAAACGAUGGUUUUUAAUUUGAUGUCUGUCCUGACGUUAUAACCACUUAACUGUACAUGAAUCCAACACGGGGUCAGGAUGUGUCACGUUCAAAGUGAUGUCACCAGGAGCAGAAAUCACAGUCCUCCGUUACCUUUUUAUUUAUUUGAAAGGUGUGCACAGGCCGUUCAGCGAGGAAACGUGGACUGGAUACCUCAGUUUAGGGUUUUUAUUUGUUUGUUUUUUUCAAUGUUGUGUGUCUUUUUUUGUUGUUGUUGUCAUGUUUGUUUCCAGUCUCAUUUGUUUCAUAAAUUACAUGUUGGCUAAUUUGUUUUUAUGUUUUUUAUCUUUGCAUGUAUAUUUCUUUGUACAGAUCAUACAUAUUGUCUCUUGUAAAUAUUCCCAUUUUGCCAUCAGUUAUUUGGAAAUUAAACAUAAUGAACACAG